UCAAUGACGUCAUCUAGAAGAGCCUGGAGCGAGCGGCUUGCUGCUUUAGCGUCAGCCCACGCUAGAGAUCCAUUAAGCAGUUGAAGAACUGGGUUUGUGGAAGCAGAUAAUCAAUCGAUUAAUACAUCGAUUGAAACCGAACCUUCAUUGUAACUAUUUAUUGAAUAUAAACAGACAUAAGAAUCAGAACACUGAAUUUUAGAGGGUAAAUACCUCUGCUAGCCAUCAGUUUCUCCAUCGUCACUUCCUACGUUUGAAAAUCGCGGCUAAAGAAGCUCAAAUGGAACUACAAGUGGGUACUGAACCAAUGAGUCUGGGUUCUCCCACCUCUCCUAAACCAACCUCUGGAGCUCAGUUUCUGCCUGGUUUCCUGUUGGGGGAUCUUCCUGCUCCUGCCAGCCCACAGCCCCGCUCCUUCAGCCUGUCCACCCCCAUCUCAGAGAGCAAAAGUGCACACCGAGGAGGACCAGGCGGUGUCGGUUCACCCAUGCAGCCUGUUGUCCCAACACCUAAAGACAAGAGUGGAGCUCCUCCUGUUCGCAGUAUCCAUGACGACCUGGUAACAAUGGGCACGCCCCUCGGUGCUCACAGGCAGUCUUUUCCUGUCAUGCAGUCCCCCCUUUCUGGACGCCAAGCUUCCACUCCAGGAACAGGUAUGCAGCAGGUGUGCAUGUCUCCAGCUCAGGUGGAUCCCUUUUACAGCCAGGGCGAGUCUCUGUCGUCUGACGACCAGCUGGACCAGACCUGGGUCACCGUCUUCGGCUUCCCCCCAGCCUCAGCCUCAUACAUCCUGCUGCAGUUCGCUCAGUAUGGAAACAUCCAGAAACACAAGAUGGCGUCUCCUGGUAAUUGGAUGCAUCUCCAGUACCAGUCCAAGCUUCAGGCCAGGAAAGCUCUGUCAAAAGACGGCAAGGUGUUCGGCGACUCCAUCAUGGUGGGAGUGAAGCCCUGCAUAGACAAGAGUGUAAUGGACAGCGGUGAGGCUGUCUCUACCCCUCGCUCUACUUCUUUUUCAUCCUCUGUCUUCCCCACUACGCCUCGCUCAGCCAUCAGACCACUCAGCGCCACCUACAGGAGCUCAGGCAGUGACUACCAGGUGGUUGAAGAUAGACAGACCCCAAGGAAAGACGACAGUUUUGUUUCCAAAGCGAUGGAGUACAUGUUCGGCUGGUGAAACCUGCAGCCGAAGAAACUAACUACAGUGCGUUUGUGUGUGUCUGUGUGUGCGAAGUGAAAGAUCUUUCUGCUUUUAUAAUCUCUAUUUUUAAUCUAAUUUUUCCAAUAAAACCUGUCUUUUUUGUCUGAGA